AGUAUUUUAAAUUUACAUCAUCACUAACCCACAUCGCCCUUUUCAACACAUUUCAACUAGUUGCGAAGCAGCGGACUAGCUGCGCCCCUCCCCCGGGAUUUCCACUGACCGCCCACAGAUACAGAUUUAAGUAUACACUAAUGCUGCGCUGGGUCACAUAGUGUGACAGCAUACACUGGUGAUUGGAAACGGGAACGGUUAACCAAGUCGUUUGGCAUUGGUGUAUCUACCUCAGAACCUCGGUGGCAUCCGUGAUGACUGACUACACUGGUUCAAACUUCCAAUAACCUGUGAUCCCUGGUAAUAUCCUGUGCUGGAAUCGUUUACGCACUGGUCUGGAUUCAACUUCACUGGCAGCAGGUGAAACCGGAGAGGCUAAGACUUUUGUUGUUUCACCACUGGGGAUAUAGGACUGAACGCUUCUAAUGUUCACCAUGAAUUGCUUAGCUGUGGCUUUUCUUGUUUUCCUGUUGAAAGUCAGUCUGCUACAGGGAGCCUCUUCAGGCACAGGAGUCAACUGCCACCAGAAGGGCGGCCUGUGGUGUUGCGAAAGUUGCCCACCUGGUACACUGCGCUCCUCUAAAGAAUGUCAAAUAAACAAAAAUGAUGUUUGCAAACCUUGCAGUCCUGGAUCAUUUUCAUCUGCUGAAAAUACAGACCAUCGUUGUUCUCCAUGCACAAACUGUGCUGGAGUGUUUAUCUUCAAAAAAAACUGCACGGAUACAUCAGAUGCAGUGUGUCAGUGCAUAUCCGGGUACAAAUGUGCAGAUGAUGCAUGUAAAAAAUGCAAGAAGAGCUGUGGUCCAGGAACAGAGCUUUAUAAAACAGAAUGCAGACUAUGUAUAAAUGGAACAUUCAGCAGCGAAGAAGACACACCCUGCAUUCCAUGGACCAACUGCUCAGCACAAGGAAAAUCCGUACAUUUUCCAGGAAGCAGUACCAAAGAUGUAACAUGUGGAUAUCCUUUUCCUUCUCCAGUUACAACAACCAUACCUAAAGGUGAAGGAAUAACAGGAACUAUUGUUCUGGUUGCUGCAGCCAUGUUCUUAUUGACCUCUAUAUUGAUGUGUGGCAUGUUCCUAGUCACAUGGCACAAGAAGAAAAAGCUGUCUAAACAGCUGAAGAAAGGUCGACCAGAGCUGCACCAUCUGGGUACUCCAAAGGAAGAGGAUGAAUGCAGUUAUCGAUUCCCUGAGGAAGAACAGGGUGAAAUGACAGGAUCACAAGAACCCAUCACUAAGCUAGUUGUAUGAUGGGUCUCAAAUCACUGCAAAAGUGAUACCUGAACAAAAGAAAAAAAUAUCUCUGGUCAAGAACUGGGUACUAAGGAGAAAACUUAGGGAUACAAUUCUCUAUUCUGUCACCAGGAAAAAGAUACUUGCAUUACAGCUGGAAAAGGCUGCUAGCUAUCCCAUGAUCUGGAAUAAAUUUACAGGAAUUCCUCACCAGCGUACUUGGCCUUGAGGAGUCCAUCCAUUUGCAUUCUGAAGGCCUGUACUAAAAUCACCUGAAUAAAUGUGGGUCUUAAAUGAGUCUAGGCUCUCAUGAAAUUAACUUUGAUUUGCUGUUUUUAUAUUGCCCAUCAUAUUUACUCCUGUACUGCAAAACUGUGUGAUACCAGAAUGUGGCUGUUUAUGUGAGAACAGCCUUAUGCUGUUCUAGUAACGGGGCAAAUGACAAAUGAUCCAUUGGUACUGGAAAGGACUGGACCAUGAAUGGGCUCAAACAACAAUAUGUACUUGAUGCUAAAGUGGCAUAAAAAUAAAAAAGGCAUAACAACUGGGGAAAGUGAAGACAUCUCUGUUGUAUGUGCCACAUACCAUACACUGUGGCCAGUUGCAUCCUUCUUGACGGACUGUUGGCGGAGUAUGCUACAUUAGCACAUAUUUAAUUUUUUAUGUGUUGAAGUAUUGCUUGUCUGUGAUCUCCAGUAUCUUAAGUCUUUCAUUAUAAAGAUCCCCAUUCCAUACUGGCAUAUUUAUUUUUUUUUAGCCUUCUAUGUAUUGGGUGCAAUUAUUUGAAACAGAGUGACUUGUGCAUGUAACAUUGUUGUGUAAUGUUCUCUUAUUUAUUGUUUUACACAGCUGACCCCUGCCUGCUUCCUUCCGUCUGCUACGUUCAGGUGUAGAAAGGCAACCUCCUACUAACUCAAAACUUUUCCCUCAAACUAUAAAUUGCAUUUUAUUUUGCUUACUCAAACAGUUCCAGUUGACUAAGAAGGAACAAUUUUAAGCACCUUAUAGUGAAGGUAAUGUAAGGGAGGUUAAACUGUCUGAAGCAGCAAAUUCAGUUUGUAGUCUUAACCAGUGUUUGCUUGCAUUCUUUGCUCCUUUGUAGAUUUGUUUACUUGUUUCUUUUAUGUCAUGAAUUCUGAAUCACAAAUGGUUUACUGUACUGUAAAUACAAAGCUAUAUGUGUAGAAUUUAUACAUACAUAUAGAUAUAUUUAAAAAUAACCCAUUAUUUGUAUUUUGUAUUGAUAAAUGCUUCCUACAACCUCUAAUGAUGACAGUCUGGCCCAAUAUGGAGUGACUAUUAAUCCUAAUAUGUAAAAUAAGAGAUGACAUGGAAUGACAGCAGUUCUACAUUCUCAGAAUGAGUGGUUACUUUUGAGAUUCUUCUUCUCAGAGGAUGGAUGACAAAUCUUGUCUUUUUGUUUACCAGUCUGAAGGGAAAUAUAACUUUCAAGCAAUAUCAUCUUCUAAUACAAAAAAACGUUAACCAUGAAAGAUGUUUUUAGAAAUUGUGGGUUAGAUGCAACAAUGAAGAAAAAAUUCAUAUCAGUGCAUUUGUUUUAAAUUUCUCCUGGAAAUAAAUGUAAUAUUUUUGCAUAAA